GGAGGGGGCGUGGCCUCGGGCAAAAUGGCGGCGGCUGCAGCCGGUGUGGGCCGCCUAGAGGAAGAGGCGCUGAGGCGGAAGGAAAGGCUGAAGGCCCUUCGGGAGAAAACGGGCCGCAAGUAAUGGAGAGGAAGGCAAUCUCUGAACGUCACUACCUGUAUGCAGACCCUGGUCCUGUCACUUGAGGCUGUGAAAGUUGAGACAAAUUGCUUCAUGCUUCUGAGCCCGGUUUCUUCAUGCCUCUGAUGGGAAUAACAUGUUCAUUUUCACGGGACAAGGAAGAUGGAGAACCAAAGACCAAGCAGCUAAGAGAAGAGGAGGAAGAAGGCGAGAAGCACAGGGAACUCAGGCUGCGGAACUAUGUCCCGGAGGAUGAGGAUCUGAAGAGGAGGAGGGUGCCCCAGGCCAAACCGGUCGCAGUGGAAGAGAAGGUGAAGGAGCAGCUGGAGGCGGCCAAGCCCGAGCCUGUCAUCGAGGAAGUGGACCUGGCAAACCUGGCACCCCGGAAACCUGACUGGGACCUCAAGAGAGAUGUGUCCAAGAAGCUGGAGAAGCUAGAAAAACGCACGCGGAGGGCCAUCGCCGAGCUGAUCCGUGAGCGGCUGAAAGGCCAGGAGGACAACCUCGCCUCUGUUGUGGAGGCCACCACUGGACAAGAGGCCUGUGACUCUGACUGAGGCGCUCCUUGUAGGAAGAUGACCUUGGAUGGGGUGGGGCUAGGCUGGCUGUCACUUCCAGAUCUUGAGAACUGAGCCAGUCCCCUCGUGUCUGAGGCUCUCUACCACCAUCCGUAUCUCCGUCAGUGCGCCUGGCUCUGUAUAUAUGUAUGUAUCCUGUACUUUUUAAAAUCUCUUGUAGACAAGUAAAACUUGUAUGGCAAAAAUCUGUCAUUA